AUGUCCGUGAUUUCUCGAAUUCCAUCUAUAAAUCGUGUGCGAUACUGCGUUGCAUCCGACAGGAUGACCAAGCAGACGUGUCAUAGAUGCGGCAAACAAGUCUAUCCAACCGAUAAAGUUGGUCCAUUAAAAGACUCGACGUUUUUUCAUCAAGGCUGUUUUAAGUGUUAUAUAUGUGGAACAAGAUUAGCUCUCAAGACAUACUGUAACAAUCGUAGUGAUCAGAAUGAUAAGGAGGUAUACUGUGCCAACCAUGUACCAAUCGCUGGGCCACACGAUUUACCGCCAUCACGAAGCGAAAGUUCUCCGGUGGAGAAUGGAAAUGCAAAGACAACUAAUGGAUACAGAAGAGAUGCUGGUCUUGAAGAUAUGAAAAUCGCUCAUGCAAUCAAAGCUACCCAAGUCGCUAAGCCAUACCCCAAAAUUGUACACAAAGGAGCACGAUAUGCUGUGGACUAUGAUGCACAAACGCGCCUUGAACUGCUUCAUCGACGAGCCGAAGAUCAACUUUAUGAUUCAUUCCAAAAUCAGCGAACAAAAGAAAAAGAGCAGUUUGAAUCGGAAACGAGGGAAGAAUGGGAACGCGCUUUGGCGGAUUUUGCGCGAAAAUAUGAAAAAGGACAAGCCAAUAUCCGCAAUAAAGAUGAUCUUAUACGCCAAUUAACGAUCAAAAGAGAAAAAAAGCUCGAAACAUUGCACUCUAAGCGAAGGGAGCGUGAGCGUCACCAAACCGCUGAGUUAGUUGACAGACAGGCACGAGAGAUGCUGGAUUUGUUCAAACAAGCACGAUCAGAACAACAGGCCGCGGACAGCUCGUACAGUAGUUCCGCCUACCCAUCGACUCCGCCUCCACCGCAACCACCAUCAUGUAGCAAACGAGAAAUUUAUACCAGUACAGAGUACUUUUCGUCGAUCGAUGAGGUAGCCAUACAUUGCGCUCGAAGUGAAAUGACCACCUUUACUGAUUUGAUACGAGCGUUAACUAGUGGAGCAAGAAGUGAUAUCGAUAUGGCCAGGGCCAUUUAUCGUUGGAUAACCAUCAAAAAUCUGAACACAAUGAUUUUUGACGAUUCUAUCGAACAUGACACUCCUAUGGGUCUAUUGCGUGGCAUAAAAUAUGGUACAGAAAGUUAUCAUGUCCUAUUCAAGCGAUUAUGCAGUUAUGCUGGAUUACACUGUGUGGUCAUUAAAGGAUAUUCAAAAUCAGCCGGUUAUCAGCCUGGUUAUUCAUUUGAUGACAAUCGAUUCAGAAACACCUGGAAUGCUGUUUAUCUGGAUGGAUCAUGGCGAUUUGUACAAUGUAAUUGGGGAGCGCGCCAUCUUGUUAACGCUAAAGACAGUGAUAAUGAAAAUCGCAGUGAUGGUAAUUUACGCUAUGAAUAUGAUGAUCAUUAUUUCAUGACUGAUCCUGAGGAAUUUAUUUACGAAUUUCUACCUCAUGACCCUGAAUGGCAGCUGUUACCCCGUCCAAUCACUUUGAAACAAUUUGAGCGUAUUCCAUUUGUAAGAAGUCUUUUCUUCAAAUAUGGUCUGUCAUUUGUGGAUAACAGGCUUGAAAGCACGCUAUAUACGGAUAAAACUGGCGCGACAUCAGUUGCGAUCAGACUACCGGAAAAGUCUGGAGACACUCUGAUUUUCCAUUACAAUCUCAAGUUCUUCGACUCGGAAGAAACUACCAUCAAUGGAUUGUCAUUGAAACGAUUUGUUAUGCAGUCAGUAUCUAAUGGGAUUGUUACAUUCCGAGUUCAUGCACCAUCGACGAGACCUCUGUUAUUGGAUAUUUUUGCUAAUAGUGUUUCGUCUGCGCAUUAUUUGACUGGGCAACCAAUAAAAUUCAAGAGUGUCUGCAAAUUUAAGGUUGUCUGUGAUUCACUGCAAGUGAUUAUGGUCCCACUGCCAGAAUGCGCCUCAGGCGAAUGGGGUCCAGCGAAGGCUACAAGAUUAUUUGGUCUGCGACCAGUAUCGCAUGUCGAGGCAAUAAUUAACGCUGGACGUAGUGUCGAGAUCAGAUUUAGAAUGACCAAGCGUUUAUGUGAAAUUGUGGCUGCAUUGCAUCGUAAUCGAACCGAUGAUCGCGCCUUACAAAACUGCUGCCGCACAAGUAUAAAAGGAGAACAGGUAUCGAUCUUCAUCGAAUUUCCCGAAGAAGGUCAAUAUGGUUUGGAUAUCUAUACACGGCAAGAUGACCAGCUUGUAAAUGGUCGACAAUUACUUACACAUUGUUGUAAAUAUCUAAUCCAUUCCAGAAAUUGAAAUUUUCUAAUUCCAUAUGAACUAAUUGAUUGACUAUUAAUGUUACCUUUAUUUUAUCGCUUUGUUAUGGCACAGUCAUACGGGAUUUUCAAUAUUUACUUUUCCUUUUCAUUAAUUUUGGGCAAACCAUUCACUUGAAAUAUUUUUUAAUUUUUUUUUCAAGCUAUGUGUCCCUUUGGGAAAUUUCGCUUACUUGCUUGCCAAGCCAUUUUUUUCACAGCUUUGUCAUAUCUUCCUAGGACGUCCCUUCCUUGUAACCUUUACGCUAAUUUCUCCCAAUGAAUAAUCCUAAGAUUGACUAAUGUACAUAUACUCUCAUGCAUUUUUGUAACUGUACUCGGUGUAUUUCAUCAUUUCUCCCAGUUUCUUUACGGUUCCUGUCACCGCAUAGUCCUUGGAUCAAUCUAAGUGACUUGAACUGCUAUUUUUAAUAUUUGCAUCAUAGAUGUUACACUAAAUUUUUCAGAAC